AUGUGCAAGGAGUUCACCACCAUCGCCAUUUGUGCGCCUGAGAAAGCGCCUUCAAUGUCGUUCACUUGCGGACAGCUCCAUCUGGUAGUUGAACGCCGCCAAGUAUGUGACAAGGCCACCGGUUCUUGUAUCUGCUUCGUCGGAACUUGUGGUACCCUUGAGAGCAUUCCUUCUACCCAAGGCGUCCCCAUCACCGCCUUAAAAUCAAUCCGAUGUGUGGCCUGCACUGUCCGCGAAGAAGAGGUCGGCGAUAGGCGAUCGAACGAGGAACUCAUCGAGUCUCCUCUCCUCACCAGAACGGCUGUCAAGUCUCCCGAAGAUUUGCAACUUUUCAACGAGGUUAUCAAGAGUCUGUGGAAUGGCGAAGGAGAGUGUCCCUAUCACACGAUGUUGACUACUCGGGAGAAGAGCUACGAUAGCCCCAUCAUCAUCAAGCAUACUUCGGCUGUCGACAUCGGCAAACACAAGGAUGUCGAUAUCUGCGACGAGCCUCACACUACCAGCCCUCGCGAGGAAGUUGCCGACGAUAAUGUUUCAGAGGCCUCGAGCAACGCCACCCACGGCAGCAAUGGUAGUUUGACCAGUAACUUGUCUCAAGAGAGCACGAAGAAGAAGGAUAACGGUGGUCUCGGUCGAAAAGUUGGCCUGCAGGCCAGCAUCUGGGCCAAUGCCUCAGCCAAGACUCCAGAACGUAAGAAGCACGUUGCGUCUCCUCGAACCCAGAGUCCUGUCAAACGACAGAAGCCAGUGGUUCCCCAGGGACAGCAGAAGAAGAAGUUCAACCUGCCCCAGAUCGCCGCGGCAAAAAACUUUCUCAAGGCCGCAACUGUGCAAAAUUGA